AUGAUCACCAACGAUGUGGACGUGCCCGUUGACUGGUUGUACAAGGGAUCGAAGCCGCACAAGAAGGCGCGGCGCAAGAACCGCAGCGCUGUCGCUGUAGCCGGCGCCGCGGGAAAGACGGAGAGGUCGCGGUCGCUCUCUAUAUCCAAUGCGUCGCUCUCCCACGGCAUGUACGCUGACCCUCACGCCAAGCGUGUUUCUGGGACUAUGGCCAUACCAAGGGCCAUGGCUGGGGCCAUAGCAGGGGCUGGGGCUGUGGCCAUAGAAGACGACGACGAAGUAGAUAUACGUGCAGAUGGAGGUCCCGGUGCACGCAUGCCCGCCUUGACCAAGACACAUAGCUUAAAUCAGGAGACAAAGGACGAAGUGCCGGUGCUGACGCCGCCGCCCACGCCCACGCAGUCGCGCAACUCGCCGUCACUGGUGUCCGUGAAGAGAAGCGCAUCCACAAGCUCAAAGCCAAAGAAGACCUCUCUGUUCGGGUCCUUGUUCGGAAGAAGCAGGUCGUCUUCGCAGAGCAACGACACCGAGAAGAAACUAGACACUGCAAAGAGAUUGGCCAUAUCAACAGCCUCCGAAAAGAAAACUUACCCACAAGAGCUGUUGACACCAGCUUCCCCGGUAAGUGCAAACUCGCCAUCACCAGAUAUACGGCGCUCCACAUCGAUUACAAAGUCCGCCAAGGAGCAUAGAGCAAGAAAUAGUGACAACACCACCACAGAUAAGAACACUCACCAGGAAACACAAAAGGAAUCGGGAUCACGAGAGAGACCCACAGACUUGACUAAGAUCUCUUUGAAAAGAGUCAAAUUUGCAGUAGAUAAGUUCGAGACCGACCCACCACAGCAAUUGCCCUCCAGAACACCCAAACCAGGCAACAUAAUGAUUCCUGAUGACAUGAUAAGUGAACUGCCGGCUAUCUCUGUAGGUAUCACAAGCAACCAGCAAAAGAAUAACCUUGGCCCUCAGUUCACAAAGGAUUCCAUAGAAUACAAACGAGCUUUGGAGAUCCACCAAAUUGCAUUGAAAGAGGCUGAAAAACAUCAGCAAGAAGCCCACCACGCCGCUAGAAGAAUAGCCCAUGAAGUUUCAAACUUCUCAAAUGGGAAACAAGCCUCAGCACCAGGGUUCAUGCUAAAUCUCGUGGCACAAUCGGACCAGUCAAAGAGAGACCAAAACUCAGCUGUACAUGAUACGGACAUUAACAUUGACUUAAGUGAAAAGCUAAAUAAGACAGGAAUUGAUUUACCAAUCCACAUGCAUGAACACCAUUUUGAUGAUCCUGGUAGUACUUUGGAAGGAAAUCAAGAAAUCACUCUUGAUGUGGUAUAUACCAGAUGCUGCCAUCUAAGAGAAAUUUUACCCAUUCCAUCUACUUUGAAACAAGUUACCGAUAAGACAGCUCCUUUACAAACAUUAAAAUUCUUGAACCCCAAACCAACAUUAAUUGAUAUCUUAUCAUUUUGUGAUUUCAUUGCAAUAGUUCCAAUUCAAACUAUAGUUUUUGACAAUGUUAAUUUAUCAACUGAAAUGUUUAAGAUUGUAAUUUCAUCAGUUGCUUACUCCUCUGUCUUGGAGAAGAUAAGCCUGCGCAAUGUUACAAUGAAUAAGGAAAGCUGGCAAUUAUUGUGCAAAUUUUUGCUAACCAGUCAAUCCUUGAACAAGAUCGACAUCUCUCAAACAAGAAUCAAACCUGAAACUGGGACUGAACUGUUAAGGUCCAGUAUGGAUUGGGAUUUAUUUGCUAAAACACUCGCGAAAAGAGCUGAACAUUUAAGGCCCCUUGAAGAAAUAUUAGUAAAUGGAGUUAAUUUUGAUAAUAUUCCAUUAGAAGACUUUCAAAAUUUCCUUAUUACGUUCGCUACACAGAAACAUUUAACAAAUGGGAUACGACUCGGUUUGGCUAACGCUACAAAGUCAAUUUGCAGUGUUCAACACUACAAGUUUUUACUGGAAUGGAUGUCUAACUACAAUGUGCAAGGUGUUGAUUUGGGCUUUAACGACCUCUCAAACUUGAUAAAGCCAACAUUAGGAAAACUUUCCAGCUUAACUUAUCCAAAUUUGCAUUAUUUUACCUUAAACUCCACGAAUAUCCAAUCCACCAACGAUAUGGCUUUGUUGCUAAAAGCACUCUCGAAGCUACCAAAUCUAGAGUUUUUAGAUUUAAGCAACUUACCUCAAGUCUUUCCAGAUAUCUUACCAUACAUGUAUAAAUAUUUGCCUCGUUUCCCACAACUGAAACGUUUGCAUAUCGAUAACGAAAACAUGACAUACAAGGAAAUGACAGUUGUUUGUAAUCUUCUAGCUAAAUGUACUGGCUUGAUUCAUGUCUCAAUGUUAUCUCAAAAACCACCAAUGUCAGAAACGGAGAGCGCUGAAAAUCUUUCUACCAACGGCGACUCCAAUUCAGGUACUGUGUUUGCCAAGAAUAACUUCUCAGCAACCUUAUAUGCUUUUGUUAGGGACUCUCCUAAUUUGGUAGGGCUGGAUAUUGAUUACAGUUCCAUAUCUGACGAAGUUAGCUCAAGGUUGGCAUUAUGUUUGAUGCGUAACAUGAGAAGGACCAUGGACUCUUCAUUUCAACUUGAUGAGCUGGAUUCUCAAGAUGAAUUACUAUUUGAUGGUAGUUUGGUUACCAUGACAGCUAAGGAUGUCCUCGAGAGGUUAACGCAAUUGAACACAAAACAAAUCAUCGAAAAGAAAGAUGCUACAAAGAGGUACCUUCUUAAGAAAUAUGUUCAAAAACUUCACAAAAUCCACAAUAAUGUCCAACAAACGAUUGACAAUCUGUUUGAAAAAAGAAAAUCGGGAGACUUACCAAUGCAAGAGAAAGAGAAUCUUGUAAGAUUGAUCCUAUUGGAAAAGAAUUUGGUUCAUAUUCUUGACAUCUUUGACAAUAUGCCAAAUCUAUCGGAAGUACUGGGUGAGAACAAAAUUGCUUCAAGCGACUCCUUAGUCGAUCAUCCAAACUUGAGACAUGUUGUUGAAACUGAUAACUUAAAUGAAAAUAGUAACGAGAGAGAUCUACAGGUGAAUGAGAAUGAUAACUUACAACAAAGACCCCAUCUCAUGGCUACCGAAUCCGGAAGAACAAUCGACACACUAACCGGAAGGCCAGUAUUCUCCCGUAGAUCGUCCACAACUUCACUAGCCAGCAAAAAGCAGGAGGAAGAAGAAGGUGACUUCCACAAAUGGGGCUUCUACAUCCAGCAGCAGAAAGCUUUAUAUCCUGAUGGUGAAUCUCAGUACGGCGAAUCAAGUGCUGUGUCUGCAUCGACCUCUCAGACUACCUUACCAUCCAUUGAUAGUAAAGAGAAGAAGAUUUUCACAAAAUUACCAUCAGGGCCUGAAUUAAGAACAGCCAUAAUCAAGGCAAAAGGUGUAAGUUCCAUCGAAGAAUUAAUCCAGAAGAUCAAUGACUACCAUUGCUGUGAUAUCGAGAGCUUGUAUAACAUUUUGAAACAGAACGAGUUAGAAGGUAACGGUAUUGUCACAUCUGAAUCGGAUUUAACAGAUAAUGAGCGAGAACAUCUCGAAGGUGCUGUCAAGAAUAUCUAUGAGCAACUAUUAAACAAUGCAUCAAUGAAUCGUGAUGUUAAGAAGGUCAACCAAUGA